CUGCAGCUCACGCUCAGUAAACAGCUGAUUGCCUGUCAACAGCAUGCCUCAGCCCUCGCUCCCAGUUUGCCUGUUUUGCUUGCUGACCUUCACUUCAGCAUGCUACAUCCAGAACUGCCCCAGAGGCGGGAAGAGAUCUUUUCCAGAUGAAGAUGUCAGGCAGUGUAUGCCUUGUGGCCCUGAGAACAGAGGUCGCUGUUUUGGAGCUAACAUCUGCUGCGGGGAGGAGAUCGGCUGCUACAUCGGAACCUCAGAGACCUUGAGGUGUCAGGAAGAGAAUUACCUGCCAUCACCUUGUGAAUUUGCUGGAAGACCGUGUGGUGGAAAUGGUGGGAAGUGUGCCUCAAUGGGAAUCUGCUGCUCUGAUGAAACCUGCACUGCAGACUCGACAUGUCUGGGAAAUGAGAAUAAAGGGAAACACUCACCCAUGGAAAGAAACUUAAGCCCCUUAGACAGUGCUGCAACUGACCUCCUUCUGAGACUAAUGCAUCUUUCUAACAGGCAGCCUGCAGAGAAACAGCAGCUAAUAUAAUAUCAUGUAUUCAAAUGUGCCCUCUCUUUGCUGCCUUUGAGAACAUGCAACACUUGGAGUAUAGGCAGGAGCUAGGUAUGGAGCAGGGGGUUUUAAUAAGAGGGCCAUAAACAGUGCAUGUUAUUCUAUGACAACGAUAUAUCUGAAUGCUAUCGAGUGUACUUACCUAAUACUAACAGUAUGUCAAUCUCAAUAUUUAUUUUGAAGGUAGUAACUAUACUUUGUCAAAUGUCACUUCAGUUAACUUUUCUUCAAGUAAAUUUUGUUAAUAGUAUCAAAUAGUUUAAGCUGCUUUUCAUUUCUUCAGUAACUUGUAAACAUUAAAGAAGCAUGUGUAUAUACAUAGCAAAAUAAACUCCUAUUUGCUAAUGGUGGAACUGCAA